UCUUUUCCUAUACAGCACCAUGGCUGCAAACGUUCCUACUGUCAAGCUUAAUAGCGGUUAUGACUUGCCACAAAUCGGCUACGGCACAUUCGGUGGCGCCGAUGCCCCACACUUGGUGCAUGACGCUGCCAAAGUCGCCUUGAAGGAGGGAUAUCGUCACUUUGAUACUGCUUAUUUGUACAAGACCGAACGUUCGUUGGGUGAUGCUAUUCGUGGAAGCGGUGUGCCCCGAGAAGAAGUCUUUGUCACCACAAAGCUGUGGCAGACAUUCAAGCGCCCCGAGCACGUGCGUCCUGCUUGUGAACGUUCGUUGCAAGACCUCGGCUUCGAGUACAUUGACAUGUACAUGUUCCAUUGGCCCAUGGCUUGGGAAUUCCAUGGCUAUGACCAUGAGCAGAUUCAAGUCAAGGAUGAGAACAAUGACAUCAAGUGUAUUGACGUCCCUAUUAUCGACACUUGGCGCGAAAUGGAAAAAUUGGUCAAGGACGGCUUGGUCCGUUCGAUCGGUGUUUCCAACUUUACUAUUCCUAUGCUUGAGGACUUGAUUUCCAAAGCUGAAAUUCCUCCUGCCAUGAACCAGAUUGAAAUUCACCCUAGCUUGCCACAGGAGGAGAUGGUCAACUGGGCCAAGGACCACAACAUUGCUUUGACCGCAUACUCGCCACUUGGCAACCCAGGUUUCUCCUGGUUCGCCUCCACUGGCCAUUCCAAGACGCUCGAGGAACCUGCUGUGCUCAAGGCUGCUGAGAAAUAUGGCAAGACGCCUGUUCAAGUCCUUAUCAACUGGGGUGUUGCCCGUGGCUACUGCGUAAUUCCAAAGUCUGUUACGCCUGAGCGUAUCAAGGCUAACAUUGAAUAUUUCAAGAUGGACCCCGAGGAUGUUGAGGAGAUUACAAAGAUUGGUCGUGAGCACCCUGUCCGAACCUGUGACCCUGUCCUGAUGUUCGGUCCUUCCAACGAUGUCUUUGGUGAACACAAGAAGAAGGAUUAAACCCUCAAUAAUUAGACAGAGUCCACAAAUCAGAAAAAAAAAUUGUAUAUAAUAGAUCUCGCCUCCACUUUUCAUGUUUAUAU